AACAAACAAACAAACAAACAACAGUCCUGGAAGAUUCUCAUGUUUUAAUUUGAUAAAGCUGAUUGGAGGUAAAAAUAAAUUGAUAAAAGAGAAAAAAAGAAAAUAGAAAAAUCUCCACAUGUUAGAAUAACGUAAGUCUCAAAAACUGUCAUUAACUGAAGUUCUGCAGCUCACUGAAGGCCAGGUGGAGGCGGCGCGUGCGCUUGUUGGCACACCCAGCGCGGGAGCUCUUGAAGGCACGCACAGACACGCGCGCUCACUCGCGGCGGGGUUCACUAGAAGCGACGCUCCGUAGGAGGUAAAGACGGACGAGGCGCGCAUCCGUACUGAGGAAGAGGAAGAGGAGGAGGAGGAGGAGGAGGGAGCGGAGGAAUCGCCUGCAGGAAUCCAGUUGCAAGGUCCGCACAGGAGAGAGGGAAAAUGCGCCGAUAGGAGAUCUGUCAGCUGAUCGGUGACUGACCAAAGACUGUUUUCACGACAUCUUCGGGACGCGGGAGGAACAAGCCCUAUCGGAUAAGUUGUGAUUUCGGGGGAAAUCCUGCUGGAGAUGAAUACCAACGAUGCCAAGGAGUAUCUCGCUCGGCGGGAGAUACCUCAGCUGUUUGAGAGUCUGCUGACAGGUUUGAUGUACUACCGCCCCGAUGACCCCAUCGAGUUCUUAGAAAGCUGUCUGAAAAAGGCCAGGGAGCUUGGAGGGCCAGACAAGGUGCGCUGGGAUACUUUUGUGGGCCAGGAGAAGAAAUCUCUCCCUCCCCUCAAUGGGGGCCAGUCACGCAGGUCCCUCUUCAGAAAUGUGCUGCCCGAAAGCCCCAAUUUCCCCUACAGACGCUACGACCGCCUCCCUCCAAUCAGCCAGUUUUCCAUCGAGAGCGACUCCGACCUGUCAGAGACGGCCGAGCUCAUAGAGGAGUACGAGGUGUUUGAUCCAUGCAGACCACGGCCCAAAGUCAUCCUCGUCAUCGGUGGCCCUGGCAGCGGCAAAGGAACACAGAGCCUGAAGAUUGCCGAGCGCUACGGGUUUCAGUACGUUUCUGUGGGCGAGUUGCUGAGGAAGAAGAUGAUCCACAAUGCCACCAGCAACAGAAAGUGGAGUCUGAUUGCCAAAAUCAUCACCAACGGAGAGCUGGCGCCACAGGAGACCACGAUAACUGAGAUAAAGCAGAAGAUAAUGAAGAUCCCGGAGGCAAAUGGCAUUGUCAUUGACGGCUUCCCUCGUGAUGUUGGGCAGGCCCUGUCCUUCGAAGACCAGAUCUGCACCCCCGACCUGGUGGUGUUCCUGGCCUGUGCAAACCACAGAUUAAAGGAGAGGCUGCAGAAACGGGCCGAACAGCAGGGGAGACCUGACGACAACCCCAAGGCCAUCGACCGCCGCCUGACCAACUUCAAGCAAAACACCAUUCCUCUGGUCAAGUACUUCCAGGAGAGGGGCCUCAUAGUGACGCUGGAUGCAGACCGAGAUGAGGAGGAAGUCUUCUGUGACAUCAGCACGACUUUGGACAACAAGCUGUUUCCCUCCAAAGAGCCUGCAGCUGGCCCCAGUGAGCUGGAUCUCUGUCUUCUGGGUGAAACGAGCAGCUUGGCAGAUUUGGCCUGCAAGUAUGACGAGGUUGAAGAGGAAGUGGAAAGUGUGUGCGCUGAAGGAUCAGUAGAAAGUUUUUGCAAAGAACAGAAGAAACCAAAGGUCAUCUUCAUGAUGGGUGGUCCAGGCUCAGGUAAAACUCUCCAGUGUGAGCGCAUGGAGGAGCGGUUUGGCUUGCGUCGCGUUGCCCUGGGAGACCUGUUGUGUAGUGAGCUGCAGAGUCACAACGAAAGAGGGCGCCAUCUGUUGGACAUCCUGGAGAGAGGAGAGAAACUGCCCGAGGUUGCUCUGCUGGAGCUGCUGUGUGACGCCGUGGCGUCUUCAGUCCGUCAGGGAAAAGGCCUUGUGGUCAGCGGAUUCCCCAGAGACCUGAAACAGGCGCAGGAGUACGAUGCCAAGAUGGGAGAUCCCAGCGCCGUGAUCCUGCUUACUUGCUCACCAGAAACCAUGUCCAGUCGGUUGCUUCGUCGUGGGAGAUCCUCCUCCGGCCUCCUUCCCUCCUCAGACACAGAGAGCUCUCUGAGCAGGAGGUCUGAGAGCUUCUGCAGCGACAGCCAGGAGGUCACAGCUUACUAUGAACGCAAGAAGCUUCUGCACACGGUUGAUGCCGAGACGUCGCCAGACGACGUGUUCCUCCAGAUCUGCCAGACGAUGGCGUCCUGCUCAACCAUCUAAUUCCCCCUUAAACCCCCGCUGCUCAGCAGACCCCCCAGUGAAGACUUCUCUCCCUUUACCCCAUGGACACUCCUCCACACACCCCCACAUUGAACCUCAGUGGUAUGCAUGUUUUACCUCUCGCUCUCUGUCACAUUCUGCUUUAUCCCCUCCAACAUAUGCUGCCAACCGAGGCUCCCUCCUGUACAGAGACGAGCGCCUCUGCUGUGACUGGGAGCGUGCACGCUCUCAUGCACAGCAGCCCGCUCCGUAUUCUAACAAGCAUGCUCCACUUACAGUUCAGCUUCAACUGCCUUUUUGUGCAUUAACUCAAAAGCAGCAGACAAAACUUUGAAGUGUUGCGAUUUCUGCAUUUUUUAUGUUUACCAGCUCAUAGUACAGGUUCUUGUUUGAUAACUUGUCUGGUAGUUAACACUUAAUAAAGCCAGUGCGUUUGACUACC